CCUGCCUGAGCAGGGGGCUGGACUUGAUGACCUCCAAGAAUCCCUUCCAACAUUAUUAUUAUUAUUAUUAUUAUUAUUAUUAUUAUUAUUAUUAUUAUUAUUUGUAAGGGUGAACAACUGUCAUAGUGCUGCAAUAUUCAUAACUUCGGGACUUGCUCGUAAGCUCAAGUAACUUUGAACGAGCGUUAAGUGAACACUCGUAACUCGGGGAUUACCUGUAUAGUAAAAAAGACAACAUAUUUUAAGAAAGAUUUAUGAGUCAAUCAAACACACAGAGAUUAGGGAUACACCUUGAAGAAUUUCCACAUUUGAGAAAUUACAGAUUUUAAAACUGUAGUUAUAUUUCUGUUAGUUUGAUGUGAAUGUGCUGACUGCAGAAUAACAAAAUGCAGAAUCUAUGCAGAUUAAGUUUUAAAUCUCAUGGAAGACCAAUUUUAAAUGUAAGUCAAGUAUAAUAUGCAAUACAUUAAUCAGGAGUAUGCACAAAAGAGAAAAACUAUCUUCUUUUAAUCAAAUUAUCAAAAUAUUUUAGGUGGGCAUGGUUUAGCAGAAACAAAAUCUAGAGAAAUCCCAGAGUGAUUUUACAAAUGAGUAGAUCAAUGUUUAUGACCAUGUCCCCUUUUCUUCCUUCCUUUAUUCUCUAUGAAGUCACAAUUGCCUGCUUCCUAUUCUCUGGGCAGAAGUUUCUUUCUAUAGCUCCCAAAAUGAUGUGAGUUACCAGCUCAAAUGCUCCCAAUCUUUCUAAUAUUUAUCCUCACCUACUGCUACUGAAAUCUACAUCAUAAAAUGGGGAUGUGGUGGCUUUGCACUGGAAGAGCAUAGGCAGGGUUUUUCCUUCGCUUUUAAUUUUUCACUACUUUCUUCGUUACUAUUGGGGUUAUGGGUCAGGGUGACAAACUUGCAACGUCACGUGAUAUGUCGCGACAUAUCGUGACUUUUUUGCCAUUGCUGGUAAUGGGAUGGGCAUGGUUUCACUAUGAUGCAUCCACCCCGCAGGCCAGCAAUUUGACACCCCUAGUCUACAACAUCAAAGUCCUUCAGCCUUUGUUUUUUCCUCAUCUUUUCCGCUUCUGCCUGGAACAAUAACCAUAUCAAGAAGAAAAAAAUAGUUCUGAUUGCUACAUAAUCAAGAGCACGCAUGCUUCAGUUUGGAUAGGAAUCAUGCUGCAGUAUUUCACCUACUGCUUAAACUUACCAGUAUGAACAUGCAAUGAUGGAACCAGAAUUGAUUUAGAAUAUAGUAUGUCCCUGAUACUAUAUGACACAUAUGAAGAAAUGAAUUCUGCUCUGAAAAAUGUAUUUAUUCAAGCUUUGAUGCCAACAAAUAGAAGCACUAUUUCUACUAUUUUUAUGCUGGUUUAUCCCAAGCCAGAGAUUCAACAAUGAAGUUUGUACUGAAAUUUGAAUAGAGUAUUUGUAUAAAGUGUGUGUAUGUGUACUUUGACUCCUAUAAUAUGGAUAAGGGUUUUUUUUGCUUUUGGCAUCAGAUGACAAUAUGAUGCAAUUGAAUGGAAGGUCAUUUACCUACACAAGCAUAUUUUUAGCUUCAUGGAUUACUUGACAAUAUAAAACAGACAUCUGACAGUGUUUGAUUGUUUGAUUGGCAUUACAAUCUUGGUACAGACAUGCUCUAUAUUAAGAAACAACUCCCAUGUGACAUUUGACUUGCAUUUUUAAAACUGGAUUUAUUUGUAUUCCCAGCUUCUACAUAUAAUAAUGUAUUCUAUUGUAUAUCAGUUCUGAUUCCUUUAUAGCUCUUGGACUGUUUUUCUAAAAAGGGAUAGGAUUGUAAUAAUUAGGAAGCAUGAUAAGAAACUGAACAGGGUGUGUUAUUUCAAACACUGUUUAAAAUAAAAACAGUAGUAGAGAAUAUCACAAUAGCCAGCUAAAUAUAGUAAUGGAUUAGAAAGCCAUUGUUUCCAAUCCUGCCAUAUAAACUUAGACUCUUUAAAUGGAAUGCCACUUGACCUUUCAUCAGCCAGUGUUUGUAUUUAACUGAUGCAGGGACAACAGAUCACCCAUUAUAGGUGUCCAGUGUUGACAUGACAGGCCCGUAUAUUUCAUGCAGUCAUGUUCAGGAGACACAAACCCAGCACUCUUGAGCAUAAGAAAGAUCUUGCCAUCCAGGGAUCAGCAUUGCCUACACCUUAUAAUGGCAUGAGAAGUUUUUUCAACUUAUCCCAACUUGUACUUUCUGCUGGCCACCUAAGACCACUGCCAGUUCUUAGACAUUCAAAAAUCACUUAUGUUGAAGUGGAGAUUCUUGAUGCCCACAGCAAAAAGCAGAUCUGUGUAGUGGAUAAGAUGCCACCAUCAUCAACACUUCUUGAUGUAAAACAUAAGUUUCACAAAAUAUGUCCACAAUGGUACCCAUCUCGCAUAGGCCUGCGACUAGAACGUAAUGGGCCCUAUUUAAAAGAUUCUGUUAAUAUAAAGAGUCUUGCAGCAUCUUCUAUUAUUACACUGUAUUUCACAGACAUGGGACAGCAAGUGAGCUGGAUAACAGUUUUCCUAACUGAAUAUACAGGUCCUCUUCUAAUCUAUCUGUUGUUUUAUUUUCGUUUCUCCACUAUUUAUGAUGCAAAAGAAAGUGCAAGAUGUUUACGCCAUUCUGUAGUUCAUUUGGCCUGCAUCUGUCACUGUUUACAUUAUAUCAGGCUUCUUCUGGAAACUCUCUUUGUGCACAAGAUUUCAGAAGGACAUACACCACUGAAAAAUAUGAUCAAGGGCUGUGUUUUUUACUGGGGAUUUACUUCUUGGUUUGCUUACUACAUCAACCACCCCCAGUAUACUCCUCCAUCAUUUGGAAACAAGCAAGUUUCUUUGGCUACCUUUGGAUUUCUGGUAUGUGAAGCUGGAAACCAUUUUAUCAAUGUGGCUUUGGUUCAUCAAAAUCAGUCAGGAAAUAAAGUAUCUUUUCCGAAUCCAACACUCAAUCCUUUCACAUGGAUUUUUACACUUGUUUCCUGUCCAAAUUACACAUAUGAGUGAUGGGAUUGCCAGUUCGUUUGGCAUUAGUUCUGGCAUGGAGUUGAAACUUUGACCAGUAGCUAUUUGAAAAGGAGUGUAAUCUGUGCUGGAGUGAACUGCAUUAUUGUAGGCAACUUCUGCAAAAGGGAGUAGGUGCGUCCAAUUUGUUUGCUGGAAAUUAAUAAAGCAUCUUAAGUAUUGCUCAAGUACUGAAUUAGAUUUCUCUGCUUGACUGUUGCCUUGAGGAUGAUGACUAGAUGUCAGUCCCUGC